AGAAAAUAUGAAAAUCUUGAUAAUGUACACCUAAGGAGCUCUGAUACUAAGACGUAUCCGAUUUUCACCUCCAUUUCAACAAUCAGCAAACAGCAAAUGGGUUUCUCGAUGCCCACAUAUUCAUCUUGUUCAACAAUCCCUUCCAAUAUUGUUAAAAUUUCUCCAAAAAUCCCACCGUCUUUCGUUCAUUAUCCCCAAUUUAAAUACAGCGGUAUAAACACAAGCGCUGGACGUGGGUUGUUGCGUUGCUACGCAUCAGCAAAGCAGCAGCGCGGUACUGGACCGCCAGCUACGAAGAAGAAGAAGAAACCCAGUGGAAAAGGGAAGAAUAUAGUAGAAGAUGAUUUUGAAAUUGACCGAAGUAGUGGAGUGGAGGUGCGGCAGUCAGAGUCUCAGCAGCCACCUUAUCAGCAGCUUCCUCUGCCUAAACCUCCGGCUGGGUUUGUGUUGGACGACCAAGGGAGAGUCCUCAUGGCGUCUAACAAACGUAUUGCCACAAUUGUUGAUACUACAAAUAACUUCCCAUUGGAGUGCGUCAUUAGGAGGGUGUUUAGAAAUUCACGAGGAGAUGAAUGUAUGCUACUCUGCCCCGUUGAUACGCCUGUUCAGAUUUUGAAGAGUGUCAAUGUAGAAGGAUGGUCUGCUGUCAGUGAUGAAGAAGUUGAGGCUAUUCUCCCUACUGCUGCCUAUGCCCUGGCCAAAAUACAUAUGCAUCUGGUGUACAGUGGAUUUUGUUAUACAGCACGAGGUGGUUUUUGCUAUACUGAGGAUGACAUAUUUGACUUCCACACUGAUAAUGGUGAAAACAUUGAUGGCUUGCCAACUGAAGGCAUUGAAAUUGCAUGUUUCCAUCUGGAUGGUUCCCACUACAUAAUUUAUACACCUUCUGACCCUCUUCUAUUUGUUGCUGUGAAGGAUGAAAAUGGUACACUUCAAAUAGCCGAUGAUGAACUUUUGGAGGAUCCAUCGGUAAUCAGUGCCAUUGACGAGGAGACUGAAUUUAAUGCCUUAGUGGAAGAAGAGGCUGCUAUGCUUGAAUCAUUACUUGGAAAAAGAUGAUCCAGUUACUGUAUAAUCAAAUUUAGCGAGUUUACUACAGCUUAGUCCACAAGCCUAGGAAACCUAUACGAUGUAUGCUUCCUUAAUUAUAUAUUCCUUCUUAUCAGACACGGAUUUUGUUGAUAACUUCGAUAAGCCUCUCCCCCAGCAUGCAUAUGCACUGUCUACUGGGCUAAGGCUGAGUGGUUUUGCUAUAUUUUCUUUUUAGUUUUUCA